AUGGAUGAACUUAAAAAAGAAGGGAAGAAACGAAGAAAUUCGACCGAUGUCGAGAGGCAACUUCUGUUGCAGUUGGUUGAAAGCGAGAAGGGAAUCAUUGAACAGAGGAAAAACAGUUCUAAAGUGUGGAGACAGAAGGAAACUGCAUGGGAGACAAUUUUGAAACGGUACAACAGCCAGAAAAAUGUUUCCAAAUUGGACAUGAAGGCCUUAAAAAAAAUGUGGGACAAUAUGAAGGCUAAGGCCAAAAAAGACGUUUCCAAGGAAAAGAAAGCCAGGCAUCGCACAGGUGGUGGAGUGAUGGAAGAAGAGGACAAAGCCGAUGAUUCAGCCCACACAGUAGCAUCGAUAUGUAGCGACGUCAUAGAGCCUUUAGACAAUGAUGUUGACGAUGAUGCAGGGUAUCAUGUCCCAGUGAAUCGCCAUGGAGUGAAACCAACUGCAGCUGUUGGCUCAUCGCAAUCCCCCAGCGACGCUUCGUUUUUCGAUGAAGCUCAUAGGCCGUCAACCUCCGCGGAACUGCCGAACUCCCAGUAUCUUGAAACUUCAAGUGAUCCUGCUACUCCUUCGAUCCAACCAAUCCUAAUUCGUGAGUCAGAUUCUGCAGCCAAAGUAACCAAGCGUAAAUCUACCCCUGAUGAGCCACCGUGCAGUGCAUCUGCCUAUCAGUCAGUGAUGAACAUGCAGCAGAUAGAGCAUGAGCUACAGGUCAAACGUUACAAGCAGCAAAUAUUCAUGCAAGAAACUGAAGAGGAACGCCGCAUUGCCGAACACGAACAGCGCAUGAAGGUUUGGAAACUGCAGGAAACGUUGCUGACAGAUCUCAUCAAACGGCAAAGAAACUCACGUGAUGGAGAUGACUCAAGUACGAUUUCGAUUUCCCGUGUACUUGCACAGUUGGAGUAA